GCACAAUGCUGCCGAGACCGCGGGGCCCAGCGGAGCGAUGAGAUGCUCCCAUCGAGGAGAACACAGAUGGACAGCCUAGUUCAGCCGCUCGUCGCGCAGUACCUCGCCAUGGGAUGUCAAUCAAAAGAAAAAGCCAAAACGAAAGUAUAACGUCGGAUGAGAAGGGAAAGGACGAUGCGAGGGCGACUCCAGGAUGCAGCUCCAGGUCUAGAGUUUCUCCUCCAGGCCGUCCUCACAGGUUUCACAAACCCAGCCCGGCCCAGCCUGUCCCCACUAAAUCCAUGAUGUCCCUGGGUCCCCUCACCAAAGGGGGGAGCUGGGAGGAGCUCAUUCAGGCCUGUCUGCAGUCUUUUGACUCGGACGGGUGUGUGUGUGGGAGCAGCCACCUGUUGAACAUCACCCUGACCAUGCACCGUAUCCACAUCUCCUCCAGUGACCUGCUGGACAAGCUCACUACUCUAUUUAAAACAGCGAUGGAUAAUGAGCAGCCGAUGGAGUGCCAAAGGAUAUGCUACCUAAUCAGGCAUUGGAUCCAGGAAUUCUGGAUGAUGUUCCGGUUGAACCACAGCUUGUCCGACAGCCUGGAUGAGUUCCGGGAGAUGAUCCGAGCGCAGGGCCAGGAGCAAUCUUUGCGCUCUCCUAGAGACCAAAUGGAUGUAAUGAGGCGGGACUGGUCGUGGAAGGCCAGCCAGAAGAUCAAAGCUAACGCAAGCAAAAAGAGGAAGGUCUCUCUUCUUUUUGAUCACCUGGAGCCCAUCGAGCUGGCUGAGCAUCUCACCUUCCUGGAAUUCAAGUCCUUCUGCAGGAUAUCAUUUAUAGACUAUCAGAAUUACAUUCGAAGCUGCUGCAUGAAGGACAUCCCCCCGAUGGAGCGUUCCAUCGCCCUGUGUAACGGUGUCUCACAGUGGGUUCAGCUGAUGGUGCUGAGCAGGCCCACCGCUCAGCUCAGAGCUGAGGUUUUCACCAAGUUCAUCCACGUGGCACAGAGUCUACAUCUUAUGCACAAUUAUAAUACACUAAUGGCAGUAGUGGGAGGGCUUUGUCACAGCUCGAUCUCCAGACUGAAGGACACCACCUCACAUGUAUCCAGUGAGGUCACCAAGGAAUUGAACGAGAUGACAGACAUGCUAUCCUCUUGCAGAAACUAUGACAACUACCGACAAGCUUACAACAGGUGUACAGGUUUUAAAAUCCCUAUACUGGGCGUCCACCUCAAAGAUCUGAUUUCAGUCAAUGAAGCCAUGUCAGACUAUGUGGAGGACAACAAGGUGAAUGUCCAGAAGCUCCAGGCACUCUACAGCCACAUUAAUGAGCUGAUCCAGCUCCAGCAGAUCCCUCCCAGGCUGGAUGCUAACAAGGACCUGGUCCAUCUGUUGACGCUGUCCUUGGACCUUUACUACACUGAGGAUGAGAUCUAUGAACUGUCUUACACCAGGGAACCCAAGAACUGUAAAGCACCUCCAGCCACCCCCUCAAGACCUCCAUUGGUUGUGGACUGGGCAUCAGGAGUGGCUCCUAAACCCGACCCCCGAACCAUCAGCAAACAUGUGCAGAGAAUGGUGGACUCCGUGUUUAAGAACUACGAUCACGACGGGAACGGCUUCAUAUCUCAUGUGGAAUUUGAGAAAAUUGCUGCUAGCUUUCCGUUUUCCUUCUGUGUCAUGGACAAAGAGAAGGAAGGCCUUAUCAGCAGAAAGGAGAUCACGGCAUAUUUCAUGCGUGCCAGUGUCAUCUGCUCCAAACUGGGUCUUGGCUUUGUCCACAACUUCCAGGAGGCCACUUACAUGAAACCCACUUUCUGUGACAACUGCUCAGGAUUUUUGUGGGGUGUUAUCAAGCAAGGCUACAGAUGCAAAGACUGCGGGAUGAACUGCCAUAAGCUGUGCAAGGACCAGGUGGCGUUUGAGUGCAAGAAAAACGCCAAAAUGACCAACGCCAUCGACAGUCCGACGCCAAGCACCACGCCUGUCAGCAUGGGCCCCUCUGAGGGUUCAGAUGAAUGUCCUUUCCCCUACCCGCCAGAUGAAAGUAAAGACUGGAGCCCAGACUCUCCAGUUGCCUCCCAUUUGAGGCCUCAGAAGGUCCAUAGUGGCACCCAGACAGAUGGACCCCAACUCUCCACUGCAGACCCUGAGGCGGGCGUCCUUCAGCCUUGUCUGCUGGUCCCAGCGGCGCCCACGCUCACCUCGUGUCCCAGCCCUGUGCCCCAGAGAAAAGUGCGACACUGUGCCAAAUGGGAAAACAGAGCGUCCGUUGCACUAAAGCCUGUAGAGCCAGAAGAGGAAAACAAACCCAACUAUGAAUCUCUGGAAACAGACAACCAGAGGCUCCAGAAAGCCAACGAGACACUACGUAAGAAGCUGAGGAAAGCCGAGCGGGAGGUGGAGACACUAAAGACACUGCUCAGGAGGAACGCUCUCCACCCUGUGGAGGAGGACUCCUCCUCCUAGAGCCACACACUGGACCUCCAUAGGGAGUAUGGUGCUGCCCCCCUAUGGCAGCAUGUAUAAAUCUAGCUUCAAUGUUUCAGUUAUUGGUUAUAAAUAGUGAGUAUUUUACUAGUAUAAUGCCAGUCAAGGUGUUUUAAUGCUAAUGUUAGACAGUCAGUCAAAAAAAGCCUGUCAUUAUGUCACCAAAUAUGAGGACAUUUGUGAAGUGUGUAUGGAUAUUUUGAAACCACACAAUACACAAAUACACAAUACACAAAAAAUGUAAAAAAUAGCAUUGUUAUAUUUAUAAGAGUUUUAAGUAAGCAGAAGGAGCCCUUUACUGUAACGGACCGUUCACAAAAUACUGAAACUGAAUGCCAUAUAUUUUAGUGAAAUAAUGCAGAAUUUGUUUGAUCAUUUCUUGAUCAAUAAUGAGACUAAAUAUUUAUGUUAAACAUAAAAUGAAAAACAGAGGAAAACAAGAAGUUUAUUGUGUAUAUCACAGGUGCAUCAUCAUUAUUAUUAUUAUUAUUAAAUAAGAUGGCCUACUGAUAAAACAGCAGAAGAAAGGUUAGAGGCUUCAGAUAUUGCUCUGUAUCAUUGUUCAUAUGAACACAAGAUGUUGUCAGUGCUCCUUUUAAUAUUUAUUUUCUCAAACACUACACAGUUCACAUAGAAAGUAACAGAAACGAACAUUUUGUACAGCGUACGGGUUAUGCUUUUGUGUGUUGGCAUCAUAUUGAUACUUUAAUUUUUUAUUGUGUAGCUAUGUUAUGUUACGUUACGUGGUCCCUUGUAGCAGUGUUGUACUGUAAGUCAAGAUACAUGUGUUUGCAAUGUGUGUAAUUGACUUUAAAUACAAAGUAUACACAGUGCUAUCUUAAUUAGACAAGAUUGAUCAUUUUUCUCAGUAUUGUUCUUUUAAUGUAAUAAUAAAUACUGUAUUCUAUAUAAAAGCA